GAAGGUUCUCUAAUUACCCUAUUAAUUGGCUACUAGCUACAGAGCUGGGAAGAAGCUGGAGAACGUCUCAUGUACUUGGAGAUCAAGAUCAUGAGCAGUAAGAUGCAGUUAGAUGCUAGAAAGGAGGAAGAUCAUGGUGAUGAAGUUCCACUGCCUGGAUUUAGGUUUCAUCCAACAGAUGAAGAACUCGUUGGCUUUUAUCUUCGUCGGAAGGUCGAGAAGAAACCAAUACGUCUUGAACUCAUCAAACAAAUCGAUAUCUACAAAUACGAUCCCUGGAAUCUUCCAAAAGCUGCUGGAAGUACUGCAAAAGACACGGAGUGGUACUUCUUUUGCAAAAGGGGGAGGAAGUAUAGGAACAGCAUACGACCCAACAGAGUAACAGGGUCUGGAUUUUGGAAAGCAACAGGCAUCGACAAACAAGUCUACUCAGCGAAAGGAUCAGCAGAUCGUCAAAGCCAUCAUGUCUGCAUUGGCCUCAAGAAAACAUUAGUAUACUACCGCGGAAGUGCAGGAAAAGGAACCAAAACUGACUGGAUGAUGCAUGAGUUUCGCCUUCCAGCUGAUCAUGACACCAACACCAACCUUUCGAAUGCUAAAAGUACUGCACCAGAAGCUGAAAUCUGGACACUUUGUCGGAUUUUCGACCGUAAUGUGUCGCAUAGGAAGUACACGCCGGAUUGGAGAGCGUUAUCUGCUAAACGUCAUACAGCUAAUUACUCAAGCUCUGUAGCAUGCAGUUUGGAGUCCAACAAUCGAGAAGGUUACAUUACUUUUGGCAGUAGUACUACUCCGUUCGUAUAUUAUAAUGAUCAUGAACAUAAUGAAAGAAAGCCUGUUGUUAAUCAUAAUGUUGAUGAGAUUUGGAACCAGUUGCACUUUGGCCAGUUGAGCGCGACGGCGCCGGUGGCUCAUGAACGCCCUCCAUCAUCUUCAGGCUUUCCAAUUGGAAGUCCGGAUCGACCGGAUGAGAAUUAUCAUGCGUUGUUUGAUUGUGGGAAUUGGGAUGAUGAGCUCAGAUCAGUUGUAGAGUUUGCUCUUAAUCCAUCUAGCAUGUAAAUAUUUUUAUGUAAUUAUAAAGCAUGUUGAAUAUGGAUUUAUAUAUAGACAGUAUUGUUUUUAUGAAUUAAUAUUUCUUUUACUCCCAAUUAUUGACCUUGUAUGGAGUAGAAGUGGAUCGUAUAUUACAUAUGUUGAGACAAUUAUCUACAAAUCAAGACCACACCGUUCUCUUCCUGCAAAGAAAAUUGGAUGAUCCUAGUGGGGGAUGCCUCCGCUAUAUAUAAAGGGUAAGUUCAUUAAUGAGUUUUGAGAGUUUUUAGGCCUGGCAAACUAAACCAUUUUUAGUUUAAAGGGUAAGUUCAUUAAUGAGUUUUGAGAGUUUUUAAGCCUGGCAAACUAAACCAUUUUUAUCUCAUCUCAUAUAAUCAUUAAAAUUUUCACAAACUUCCACACAAAAUAUAAUAAGAGAAUAUCUUCCUACCGGUCACGCUGAUCUCAUUUGAAAAAUGGCAUCUAAUAAAAACAUGACACGUAGACACCUCAUUUUCAUACCAUGUGACCGCAAUGCAUUCAAUUUGCGUUUCCCAAUUGCCCUCCUGCAACCUCUCCUCUCCCCUCUCCCUUCUCCCUUGAGCCCCUCUCCCUCGAGCCCUAACCCCCCUAGUUCCCUCCCGCAACGUCUCCACCAUCCUCUCCCUCAGUCGAGCCCUAGCCCCUCACCCCCUCCUUCUCGAUUUCUCUCCCUCGAGCCCUAAUCCUCACCCCCUCCUUCUCGAUUCCUCUCCCACGAGCCCUAGCCCUCACCUCCCCUCCUUCCAGAUUCCUCUUCCUCGAGCCCUAACCCCCACCCCUUCCUUCCCUCACCUCGAGCCCGAGACCCACCCCUUCCUUCCCUCCCAUCGAACCAGAGCCCCUGAUACGAAAUACCAAUUGUUUCUCGUUGUUGGGUUUGUUGAUACUUCUGAUUGCUAGCUCUUUUCCUUGCUGUUUUUGUACAAUCAUUUCCAUUUUCAUUAUUUUGUUUGCAUUUGAUUUAUGCUUAGGAUGAAUGUUGAACAGCCAUGUUCUUGCUUGUAGUUGUAGUUUUUAUAUAAAUUUGUUAUGAAUUUUGUUUUUAAGAGCCCAAGAAAUUAUUUUAUAUGGAUAGAAUAGAUGGUUCUAGCAAUCCCGAAAGGAUUUCCCUUAUAUUGGUGGUAGUUGUUGAACAUAAAUUUCGUUGUUUUUUGAGCUUUUUCUGGUCCAUGGAUGUGGGUUUUUUACAUGCUCUGUUCAAUUGCUUCCAAAACUCAGGUGCAAAGUCAUUUAUUUUUAUAUGAUAUAUCAAUCAUUAUCUGUUUGUGCAAGUAAGAUAAACUGUUGUAGUCUGAGUCAUUAAUUAUUUGAGAAAUGUGUUAGUGAGGUGAGGUUGCGAUCUCAUGCAAUCUCAUGCACUGAAUAUUUGUUUGUAGCCGCUGGCAGGUUGGUGUACAAUGGUUUAAGACUGCAAUCCAACCAUUUGGCCUAAUUUUUGUGAAGGGUCUUAGAACUUGUCAAUCUGUUUUGAGUGUGAAUCUUCUUCUGAAAUCUGUUUAAAUCAUUUAUUCUGUGUUAAUUUACUUUUAAUACUCUUUCAAUUAGCAAGGUACUUAUUAUUUAGCUGAAGGACAUUUGAUUGGUCAUGUUCUUUGAAUUUUCAGUACUAAUUAAGGUAACUUGUGCUUUGUGUUUUAUGAUAUGUUCUUUGAGUAUGAUUCUUCUUCUUAAAUCUGUUAUGAUAAGUUUUUUGACUUCUGAAUCUUCUUCUGAAAUAUGUUUAAUUCAUUCAUUCUGUGUUAAUUUACUUUUAUCACUAUUUCAAUUAGCAAGGUACUUAUUAUAUAGCUGAAGGACAGUUGUCAAGUCAUGUUCUUUGAAUUUUCUGUACUAAUUAAGGUAACUUGUGCUUUGUACUUUAUGAUAUGUUCUUUGGGUAUGAUUCUUCUUCUGAAAUUUGUUAUGAUAAGUUUUUUUCCCUCUGAAUCUUCUUCUGAAAUCUAUUUAAUUCAUUCAUUCUGUGUUAAUUUACUUUUAACACUCUUUCAAUUAGCAAGGUACUUAUUAUAUAGCUAAAGGACAGUUGUCAAGUCAUGUUCUUUGAAUAUUCUGUACUAAUUAAGGUAACUUGUGCUUUGUGCUUUAUGAUAUGUUCUUUGAGUAUGAUAUGUAUUAAUUUGCUGAAGUAGUUACUUGAGUCUUAGAAUCUGCCCAGUUCCUCAGUGUCGUUCCUUCACUGGAUUUAUUACUUUGCUUUCGGUAGUUGCUAAAUAUCUUAAAAUCUGUUCCUCAAAAUCAUUUUGUACAACCUUUUAUUAAUUUGCUUGCUUUAUUAGUUAGAAUCUACCUUGUUCCUCAAAUUUGAUUCAAUAUUUUUUUCCAAUAUUUGCUUGCAGUAGUUGCAAUAAAACCACCUUUACUUGGGCUCCUAGUGAUCCAGAAUCGACAGAAAAUGAAAUACGAUGACAGUAGUGCCAGUGAGAGUAGUGCCAGUUUCGAGCGUCCAUUUUGCUAUUGUGGGAUUCCAUCCAAGCUUAGGAUUUCAGGCAAGGCUACUAGUUUUGGCAGGCGGUUUUACAACUGUCCAAAUUAUAAGAUCAACAAGCAAUGUGAAUUUUUUCAAUGGAUCGAUUUUGAAAUGGAACUAAAUACAUGUUGCAAGAUGAUGUUGGAGCUAGCUCAAAGAAGGAACAACAUAAUAAUGAAAGAACGUUUAAUGACUGAAGAAGCCAAAUUAUCCGCUAUGGAGAAGAAGUAUAAGGGAACCUUAAAAGCUUUAUAUUUGUCAUGGUCUUGUUUUGUGCUGAUUUUGGCUGUAAUCAUUUUGUAUCUCAUCAACAAUGUACCUCAGCCUCUUGUUUCAACCAAUGGGCACUCCGACUGUUUGUGAAUUUGACAUUGUAAUGUUGUACUUAUUUUGGAAAUGUAAUGAUGUAAUGUUGAACUUAUUUUGGAUCUGUAAUGAUACUUAACUUGUAAUGUUGAACUUAUUUCCGAAAUGUAAUGAUACUUAGCUUGUAAUGUUGGCUUGUA